AUGACCGUGAACAAUACGUACGAAGCCACCUAUGCAAUUCCCUUGCAUUGUGAGAAUUGCAUCAACGACAUCAAGACAUGUUUGAAAGAUGUCCCCGGGAUCGAUUCGUUGAAUUUUGACAUGGACCAGCAAAUCAUGAGUGUGGAGAGCUCAGUGGCCCCCUCCACCAUCAUCAACACUUUGCAAAGCUGUGGCAAGGACGCCAUCAUAAGAGGUGCCGGGAAGCCAAACUCGUCCGCUGUGGCCAUUUUGGAGACGUUCCAAAACUACACUAUCGAUCAGAAAAAGGACACUGCCGUGAGAGGCCUGGCAAGAAUCGUCCAAGUCGGGGAAGACAAAACCCUUUUUGACAUCACUGUGAAUGGUGUUCCCGAAGCAGGCCAGUAUCAUGCCAGCAUCCAUGAGAACGGGGACAUUUCCAAGGGUGUGGAGUCCACUGGGAAAGUCUGGCACAAGUUCGACGAGCCCAUCAAGUGUUUCGACAAAAGCGAUCUGGGCAAGAACCUGUACAGCGGGAAGACCUUCUUGAGCGCCCCCUUACCAACAUGGCAGCUCAUCGGUCGCAGCUUUGUUAUCUCCAAGGCCCUGGACCACCCAGAAAACGAGCGCUCAUCCGCCAAUGACUACUCGUUUCUAGGAGUCAUAGCCAGAAGUGCAGGCGUGUGGGAAAACAACAAGCAGGUGUGUGCAUGCACGGGAAAGACCGUCUGGGAGGAGAGAAAGGACGCCCUAGCCAACAACAUCAAAUAG